GCAGAUUCUUGAGGAAUACAGCUACAAAAACACAUAAAGAAAUCUAUCAAUUUAUUAAUCGCAAUGGCAACAAUGCCCGAUAAUGUGGAGACGCCUCCUACAUCAUCUUUCGAGGUUUUAGAAAAAGCAGAUCAAAUUCAGCGACAUAAUAUGAAUAGUUCAUUCAAUGAAAUGACUAAAGUUGACCUCUUGAAGGCUCAUAAAAGAAUCCUAAAUAUGAAUCAAAGAUAUCAGACUUCCCUAAAAACACUUAACAAGCAGCUAGAUGAAGCAUUUAAAUGUAUAAAAUCCUUGAAGUCUGCAAAAGAAUCCUGUGAAGAAAGAGAAAUGGAAUAUUGUCAAGAAACGAAAGUAACAUUGCAAAAAAAGGAUUGCGAAAUAGAAAAGUUAAAAGACACAAUUAGGGAAUUAAAAAUAAAAAAUAAAACAAGUGAGCAGCGAGCGAUCACGUUAGAAGAGCAAACUACUUUACUUAUGGAUCAAUUGAAAGAAACUCGCUUAGAAGAAGCUUGUAGUGAAGAUAUUGCAACUCACUCUUUAAAUAAAGAACUACUAACCGUAAAGCAUACAAAUAACGCAAUCGAGAGGCAGCUAGAAGAAGAAAGAUACGCUAAGGCAAAGCUUGAAAACUAUAAUCAAGAAAUAAUAGAAAAGAAUGAUAAUUUAAAACAACAAGUUGAAAGAUUACGGAAAGAGCUUGAUUUAAAAUUGAAAGAAAAUGAACAACUCUUAUUCGAUGUAAACACUGUUAAUCAAGAAUAUCGCAAUUUGCGUAUCGUAGUUAAGCGUUUCGAAGAAGAAAGAAAGAAUAUUCAAGACCAUUUGAAAGAGCAGAAAGAAAAAUAUCGCAAUUCACAUCAAUUUCAUAACACAGAGAAGGUUGAAGCCUCUGAUACCGACAUGUUAAAAAAUGCACUGCUAGCAGAAAGGCUUAAAAGUGGUACCCUUUUUGAGAGAUUACAAUCUAUGGAGAGAGAGGUUGAAAAAUUGACAAGUGCCUCCAGUUGUUUGCAAGAGAUAAAGCAAGAUAAUUCUGAUCUUAUUAUCGACAUAGAAAAAUUAAAGAACCAAGUGGAAAAACAAACCAAUGAAAUUGAAAAUCUUCAAAAAGAACUAAACGAAUCAAAACAAAAAGAAAGAGCGGCAAAUGAAGAAGUAAGAACAGUUCAACAAUUACGAAAGCAAGAAUAUGUACCUAUUCCUUCUAUUGAAUACGAGGAAAAAAUUAAAGCUCUUGAAGUCAAUGAAAGACGUGUAGAACAUGAAAACUUUAUUCUGAAUAAGAAGUAUUUAGAACUUAAAGAUGACAUCGAUGAGCGCAUGAUUGAAAUUAAACAACUAAAGGAAGAAAAGGAUUCUCAAACCAGCAAAUAUAUAGCAAUGAAAGAAAUGGCCAGAGAAUGCAAGAAAACAAACGAGCAGUUGACGAAAGAGCUUAACUCUCUUCGUUAUUCUACUAGCGAGAUAGAAGCUCAUAAAAUUCAAUUAGAUUUAUAUAAGAAUGACUAUGAACAACAAAAGCGGCUCUCUUCGGAACUAAGAGAAGAAAAAGAUAGAUUCGAAAAACACUAUGUUGACACGAAGGCAAAGCUUGAUAAACUAUUGGACAGAAUAAAACAGCAAACUGACUCAUCAGGUGAUAUAAACUCUGUCGUGAGACAUCAUGGAAGCAGUAUAAGAGUUCCAAUGCAAGAAGCACCGAUAUUGCCACCAAGGCCACGAUCAACUGAACAGAUUUAUAAGUGCCCAAUAUGUAGUCUAGCAUUUGAAACUAUGAGAGCGCUAGAACUUCACGCAGAUAAUUGCAUGGACUACCUUCCUUCGGAUUCAAUAGCACAGGAACAGAAAUUCUGUUGUCCUGUUUGUCAGUCAAAUCAAGAAAAUUUGGAUAAACUUCAAGCUCAUGUUGUAAAUUGCGGUGAUUUUAGUAAUAUCUAG